CACACCACUCCACACAUGAACGUCUCUGCAGGCUAGCUUGAAACACAGGGUUAGCACUCUUCAGAGAAACAGUCCAAUAUGCCAUAACCUUCAGCACACCUGCCCCCAGUCACCCAGUGCCUCCUCUUCACACAUCCAGAACAGUUGGAGCCUCUCCCAGUUGGAAGGGAAGUGAAGGCUGGCAAAAACUUCGGUUGCAUUCCUUAAUUUCUCCAGGAUGAGCACUGUAAGAGGGUACUUACUCAUCAGCCUCCUUACUGAGCAUAGGGCUCAGCAAGCAGUGCCUGCAAUUAUACAGGAGCUCACUUCUCGGCCAACCUCUCGAAUUAGAAGGCAGCCCUUUAAUGUGGCUCAUCUGGCUGUGUCCCAAGUCAAAAGAAAAUCCCCGCAAAGUUCGCUGCCUCCCUUGGUAAACAUGCCUUACUUUGAAGUAACAGCUUCCUUCCACUCCAGCCAGGCCAGCUGACUGGAAGGCGUCGACCGACUCGAUUCCUUUAAGCGCGCCUGGAACUGAAUCCGGUAGAAAAAGACGAAGGUUAGAAUAGGCGGAGAUGCCGCCCGCUAUCUCGGGGAGGGCUAGUCGGCAGUAAUCGCAGGGUAAAGGAGCUCGAACUCCAAAGAUCAACUUCCUGACUUUUUCCUUGCGGGCGGCCCAGUCGGAUCCUCAACUAGGUGUGGAACUCGCGGAGUGGCUUGGAGGAGCAUCUCCGGGCGCCAUCCAAACUGGACCUAUUUCUUCGGGGCUGCUUUCUGAUUGAUUGCCCGAAACGCGUGGAAAAUCUGCUUUCACUGACGACCAUUCCUCCCGCGGAUUCACAAUUUGAAAGAAAUCGCCCAGGGGCGCUCCUGCUUGGCGGGGCCGGGGCGCCCUCUCUUACGUCACCUCUGACUUAAGGCGGGUUGCUGGCCAAGCAGGGCGGUGGGGCUCGGCGCUGUACGGCACUUCGCGCCCGGUUUCUUCUCCCUUGCUUCCCUUCCCAAACCAACCAUGCCGGUUACCUGCGGCCCUCGGAGCCUGGCGGGCGCGCUGCUCUUCUCCGCCCUGCUGGCCGCGGCGGGAGCGGAGGGCGGCUGUGCUGAGCUGGGACGCUGCUGCGCGGGCAGGAGCCUGGAGUGCGCGAGCACCGGUUGGCGACCCGACAGAUCCUACGGGCUCUGCUACUGCGACCAGGCUUGCCUUUCCACCCUGGACUGCUGUAGCGACUACCGGCACUUCUGCCCAGACACCUCCUGCCUGGUCUCUGACUGGAGUGAGUGGAGUGGAUGUGCUGAACGCUGCAAGGCGACCUACCGCCUCCGAAGGAGACACGUGAUCCAGAAGCCCAGAAAUGGUGGAGAAGCCUGUCCUCCUCUUGAAGAAAAGGCCGGCUGUUUGGAGUAUUGGACUCAGCAAGGAACAUUGUGCAAGGACUCCAUCCUCCCAGCAUUAAUAACCACUGGAGGCUAUGGGAAGGCAAGGAGAAAGCGUGCUGUGCUCAGCGGGAGACAAAGAAUUGGGUAUUGUGUUGAGUUCCAGCUCAUGGCCAUCACAAAAGGCUGCCUGAAUGGGAACAGUUCCUACACUCAUUGGAUGAAGUAUCUCAGUGAAGGACACACAGUGUGUGUGGAAUGUCAACAUCCAGCCCUAGAUCAGAAGAGUCUACACUGCUCUGGGGAUGGGAGCGGAGCCAAGAAGAACCAGUUACUGUACUGGCAGGCUGUGGGGAAUCCAAGAUGUAGAGGAACCUGGAAGAGGGUUCGCCAGUGGGAUACUUGCACUUGUCCUUCGGUUCACAGCUUCUUGUUCAUCUGACUUCCAUAUAUUGCCACCAACAUUGAUUUCUGCACUACUGUAGUCCUCAUUUACAGAAAUUCAGGGAAUAAGAUGCAACCUGCUGCAUGGACUUUUCAACAUUCUGCCAAUGUCCGAAGCCCUACCUCUCAUCCCAAUAUUUUAUAUUUCAAAGUAUAUUGAAUAGCAGAGUUUAAAGAGGAACCACUGCAUGGGAGACCCAGGAUUGUAAGGUUUUGAUCUGAAGGCAGACUCGGUUGAAUACAGAUGGAUAACCUUGUCAGUGCUCAAUUUGGAUCAAUCUGAAAAUGCAUGAAGCAGUUCCCUCUGAAAAUUAAAAUAUUUCAAGAUGAGUUAGUGUUCACACAUUGCUCUCCAAGUUCUCUUUUUGAGUUUAUCGCCUGUUGCAUUUUGACAAAGCUUAUCUGCCUAAGACAGCUGCAGUGAAGCUGGAGACAGUCAAAGAGGAGCAAAAGUGAUCUAAUCUUUCUGCUCUGUGUCCAUCCUUUUAUAAUUUUCUAAAUCUUAUAUCAAAGCCUGAACUUAGGGAAUUAGUACAGGAUGGUUUCUAUAUGUGCAGACAUAAAGCACUGGUAUGAUACUGAUCACAGAAUUCAGCUUCGCAAGAAUCUCCUUCCCUUAUAUUUCAAAAGCAAGUUUUUAGAUUUUAUGGCUGCUGCCAAGCUAUGCUUGGAACUUUUAAUGCCUGCUGAAAUCAUGGAAGUUGUAAAUUGUUGGAUAUAAUUUGCAGGCAUGUAACAUUUGGUUUCAUAGGCAGUCCUCUCUUUUAUAUUUAAGUUGCAGUAGCAGAAUAAAUUUGUACUGUAGUUCCAGUAUCCAUAUUUUCAUACAAUUUACACCGGGCAUAAUUUCAGGGCUUGUACUUUUAUAUAGCAUUUCAUAAUUGUUCUGCAUAUAUUCAACUGAACUGGCUAUCUGAGCUAAUCCUGUAUAUUUAAGUCAUCUGCUUCAUUUGUGAAACUGGAAAUUAAUGCUGGUUGGUUUUUCAUUCCUUACCAUACCGGUUCUCUUUCCUUAAGUUUCUGCUCAAAACAAAAGGCCAAAGAAAUAUUGGUUCUUGGAUAAUAAUGACGAAUGGGGCUCCUACAAGGUUAAUGGCUGCUUUAGGGAGGCAAUUUAUGUUAGGAAAAUUGCAUACAAGAAUGCAACUAAUCUGCAGAUGCACUUCCUCUUCACAGUUUCUUCCACUGGGAAGCCCUAUCGUGGAUAUUCUUGUUUAAUGGAUCUUUGUGUAUUGUAUUUCUACACCUCCCUGUGUCUCUGAUUUUGAUGAAUGAGAAAAUAAGAUAUCUUUUGAUUUUUCUGAUCAAGGUAGAUCUCAGUUGUCUCUCAACUAGCUUGACUUUUCACUCAUUGACAUGUAGGGAUGCUCUAGGGCAGGGGUCCCCAACCUAUGGUUUAUGGCCCCGUACUGGGCUGUGGCCUCUUAGCCACUGGGCUGCGGGAAUAGCUGGAGAGCCCCCCACUCGUGGUAGCACCACCAUGCAGGUGCUAGCAGCCCUGUUUUCGCAUGUGUGGGUGCACUAGCACUGCCACCAGCAUCACGUGAGUACUAGUGGCCUGUUUGCACAUGCACGCAGGCACCAGCGGCCUGUUUGUGCCAGUGCCAGUGGGCAAUUUGUGCAUGCGCAUGGGCACUAGCGUGCCACUGGGCACACACGGCCUGCUUGCGCAUGCAGAUGUACUAUUGCUGCCGCUAUGCACAUGCCCAUUUGCCCGUGCCAUGCUUGUGCACAUUUCACUGCUCCUCCCUUUCCUUCCAGGCUGCCAAACUGGAAAGAUUGGGGAGCUCUGCUCUAGGGCAGGGAUGACGCAAUUAGGCUGGAGAUAAGUUGGACAAUAUGUUGAAAUCUUUUUGGCUUACAAAGAGGAGCUUAAGGGAUGCAAUGUGUUCCUUGGUGUCAUCACCCAUGGCUGCAGUAUCUCUCCAAGGGCUCCAAGACAGAGCAACCUCUCUGAAAGAAGUUGCUGAUUCCUAUUUAAAAUAAUGACAAUAUCAGACUGGAGAGUUUAAGAAACUUGAAACUUGAUUUUUUUUGGUGUGAAGUGCUUUAUAUAGACAACUAUCUAUGCUCUGUUAGUAAUAUUUGAGUAGGAUUACUCAGUCAAAACAUAAACUGGCUAGGGCUCCCAGAAUUAAAUGAUGAUUACAUUACAGGCUUUUUGUUCGAUUGAGGUUUCUUGCCACUUUUCUCCAGUUAAAAUGGUUUCCUAUAUAUAAUCUGUGGCACCGUGGUUAUAAUGCAGUACAGCAGUCUGACUCUGCCCACCGUCAGGAGUUUGAUCCUGACUGGCUCAAGAUUGACUCAAUCUUCCAUCCUUCCAAGAUCAGUAAAAUGAAGGACCCAGAUUGUUGGGGGCAAUAUGCUGACUUUGUAAACCGCUUAGAGAGUGCUGUAAAGCAUUAUGAAGUGGUAUAUAAGUUUAAUUGCUAUUGGUAAGUGCUAGUACUGUACUCUUAAUACUGUGCCUUCCAAAUUCAACCAGGUAAUUGUUCAGAAGGACAUUGUAGCUGAUUAUAUUGAAAGUGCCUGAGAAGAGUAGGAAACGUAGCAGAGUGGCAUGAUUUAUUCUACAGCAUUAAUAAUUUUUCAGAGUGAUUAAAGCUGAUUCCAUCUGCCAAAUAGAAACCAGAUACAAAUAGAUCUAAAUGAUCAGAAUCUUCAAUACUGCUUAAAAGUGGAAACCACGAUAUGUUUCAGUAAUUUACUCCCGAAUGGAAAAUUAGAAUCUAAACAGUGAUUACUAAAACAAUUGAAUAUAAAUUUAUACCAAUUGUAUUUGUCUGGUUGAAUCUGGUUGGAAUUAUGAUGACUGACUGGUUCUUGCAUGUGUCUUCUAAGAGGAGCCAUAUUUUCAACCCCAGCGUUGGCAGAUUUGAGAAGCCAGGGUGGACAAGGACAAGAGGUGAAAUGAAUCUCCAAAGUUUUUGUGUGCUUUGGCUGUAGAAGCUGAUAGGUAACCAUAGCAACAUUAGCAAGAUUGUUCCUUUCAUUUUAGAUUCUAUCCAAAUUUAAUGCUUCUAAGUUGGAAUAAGUAUGUGGUUAUUGGAAAGAUGCACAAUAAACUUCACACUCCAACCAUCCUCCCUUGAUUCCAAUCAGAACCUAAGGCUUGUUAAGGCUCUGAGGGAAAAUGCCCCAGAGAUUGCAAAGAAAGUAUUAGGGCCAUCAUUCUCAGAAAUCAGUCUUUCUGUUCUCCAUUCCAGAGUUUUUAAGUAGCCACAAUUUCCAGUUUGACCAGAUGGGCAGUAUAAAAACACUAGAUCCAACCUAGCCCUAUUGUAAGUGCUACUCAGACAUUAUUUGAGAUGAGUCCACGUGUGUCACCCAAUAUAAAAUAUUGAUUGAUAUCCAAUAGGUAAAAGCAAGGCAUCAAAGAUGGCAAACAUUGGGAGGUGCUUUACAACGUGCUCAGGUGCACUUCUGUCAUUUGUGUCAAUGAGAUUGUAUCUUGAAAUCUAAAUAUCAGCUUGGGAUGCUCAGUUCUAGUGGACCUUCUCACAAAGUGUCAUUAAGAUCAGGUUGAAUUUACUCUGAAUAAAGGGUACAUCUUCUUUAGACUACAGACUACUAUUGAAGAGAUCUGAACCAGGAAAUAUUGGGAACAUUUUCUCUUUGCAAUGUUGAAAUCACAAAUUGGAAUUGUGUUAUGUGCAUAUAUACAUGUAGCUAUGAGGAGGUAAUUUGUUAAACGAUUAGAAUCAAGCUGUAGGUUAUUUGGGUAGUCUACUAAGAGAUGUCCAACUGACCUAAAGGCAUUAAAGUGGAGUAGUUUGAUAACAUUACUGUGGGAUCUGAAUAAUAUCUAGCAUCUGAAGAAGUUACUUAUUUGGGGUAAUGAAACAUCUGCAAGAAAACAACCAAUCUUAGAGAGCACCAGUAACCCCACAAUUCAACCCUGAGUUAUAAAUAUUCUCUUCUACUAGAACUUUAAUCAUCUGCUAUUGGAUAGUCAGGAAACUGAAAGAGCUGUUUGUUGCGAUAGAACAUAUUUUUAUGGAUAUGGAGUGCUUUUAUGUGAGACUCUUCUGUUUACUUAUAUGUGUGUGAAAAUGGUUAAUGUACAAUGAAGCAGAUUGGCAAUAUGAAAUUCCAAUAUAAGUUCUAACAAAUAUAAAUACAAUGUUAAUGUUAUAAUUUAUCUUCUAUGUGGACAUAUUAGGCAAGAGACCAGCAGAGCAUAGCCCAGAACCAGGUAGUUGCAAUAUUUCUGCUAAGUAUUACCCUACCUAUGAAAGUAUUGUUUUGUGUUUGAAACAAUAAAUGUAAACAAUUAGGACUUCAAGGAAUACAGCUGUGAAAUUUAAUGCAUAACAUUGACACUGCAGGGGCAAAGAUUCACCUCUAUCCUAAUUGUCCCUAAAUAAACAAUUCCUGAAGUUAAGCUCCUGA